AUGCUGUGUAGGGAGCUGCUGCUCGACGACAAGGCGAUCGACGCCGAAAUCUACACACGGCAACUCCGCGACCUGACCACCACAAUUCGAGUAAAGCGACCGAGACCUGGUGCCGUUCAUCUCCUCCACCACAACGCGCUGCCGGAUCUCGUUUCAGCCACUCGCCGCCGACUUGAGGUCUCAGUUUGGAAAGCGGUGUCUCACCCACCCUAUUGUCCGACCCUCGCCCCAUGA